AUGCGCUCUCUCGUGGUGGCUGCCCUGAUGGGCGCGGCCCUCGCCACCGGAGACGCCCGCGUCCAACCUCGUGCCGCAGACGAGGCCGCCUUGUGCGCGGACCGCUGCACGGAGCGCUGGCUGGAAUGCAAAGCGAGUCCCGGCGCCGACCGGGAAACGUGCCGCGCCCAGUAUAGCAGCUGCCUCGGGUUCGACCACCUCGACCAUGGCGACAAGGUGCCGCUACCAACCGCGUGUCAGUUCCCGGACGGCCGUCGCCGGCCCUUGCCCAGGCCGCCCCUCGAGGCUUGCGCCCGCGAAUGCAACGCCGAGUUUGAGCGGUGCCGCACCGCACCCCAGGCGCCCCUGGCGUGGUGCGCGACCGACUACUCCGGCUGCUUGGGAUACAUCCCCUUCCCCGAGGACAAGGGCGCGCCGUUCCCCAGCCCUACCGCCUGCGUUGCCAAGGACUCGAGGCGCCUGAAGAAGGGCUCCCGCUACGAAGGGUGCGCCGAGCUGUGCACGGAAGAGUUCCAAGCCUGCCGCGACAGACCCGGCGCGAACCCCCUGUUCUGCGCGUCCAGAAUGGCCCAGUGUCUGGGAUACAGCCCGUUCAGAAACGGCUUCUUCCAGCCCCCGACCGUCUGCUACAAGCCCAAGGCCCCCAAGACCAAGACCCCCCACGACUCCUGCGCGCGCAAAUGCCUCAACAAGUACGGCGCUUGCAAGGCCCGGCCCGGCCCGACCCACGACCUGUGCGACUUCUCCCUCAAGCGCUGCGUCGGCUACGACCCCUUCCAGAACGGCGAGCUGCCGAACCGGGUCUCGUGCGCGCAGACCAGCAGCGCCGCCAUGAUAACGCUUGCCCCGCGCGCCGUCCCGGACAAGGAUCCGCCCCAGAAUAAAUGCGCCCUGAGGUGCAUGGCGAGAUACCAAGCUUGCUGGGCGGGGCCGCCUUCCAACUUCCGCAGUUGCCGCGUCAAUCUGAGGAACUGUCUUGGUUUCCAACCGGAUGAUCGCAAAAGCAAGUUCCCCACCACUUGCAUACGAUUUAAGAGGCCUUAUUGCACGACCAGGAGGCUGCUUGGCCCCGCCGCCAAGCCCGGCUCUCCUCCCAUCACGACGUAUCCGCCGCUGACGACGUCCUCUCUUCGAUAUUUCCCGGACACGGACACGGAAUCGGAAUCGGAUCACUACGACGAGGGCAAGCACGGGACCAAGACCCACGUCAUCACCAUCACCUAUACCCUCCCGGCACCGUCCAACACCACCGCUCCCGCUGGAUCGACUGUCGCCAUCACUCCAUAA